CGGUCCUCCUAAGUCGAGAUAUUGUUUUAUGUUUGGAGGUCGUAAUUUGGAACCAUUUACCAUUAUGACGGACGUACAACUUGUCACUACUUUCUGUUUUCUUGGCGGAAUCUGUGUUAUCUGCUUGGGACGAGUUUAUGGACAAGAGCUGAAUGGGGACACACAGUCUUUGUCGGUGAUCGAAGGAGGGGAGAUUACUCUGCCGUGCACGGCGCACAACAUCACUGACCAAAAAGUCUUUUGGUUUCAAAAAGAAGGAUUUCCACUAUUUGUGCUCAAUGAGAGCUAUACUGCAGACGAUCGGUUUGAACUGGUUCGGUCGAGCGAUGACGACUGGGGUCUUCGUAUUCAUGACGUCAGAGAGGAUGACGCAGGAAUCUACAGAUGUCUGUUGAACACUAAUCCAGUGCAGCUUAAAACUCUAUAUCUGGAUGUGCUAGUUCCAGCAAAUAUUAAUAAAACGCUAUCCAGUACAACAGUCAGCGCGUCGGAGGGGGAGGAUGUGGACCUUUACUGUGACGUCAGAGGAAACCCCAAGCCCCUGGUUAGUUGGAUAAGAAAAGGGGAAUAUUUUGCUGCGGGGAAAAAUCUAAGUCUUCAUGACGUCACAUGCGACACGGCUGGUACAUAUACAUGUGCAGCUUCAAAUCACGUCGGGGAAGCCGUUUAUCACAAUUUUCAACUUUCAAUAUGUACAAACGCAGCUAACGUAUCAUUUGGAGGAAAGGGAGCGGUCUACCUGACCUUUUUUACUUGCCUUCUCUUCAAUAGUCAUUUUACAUCGUUGAAGUUUCUAUCUUAAUUGUGUUAUACGAAUACAUGUUGUUAUCUGAUUUAUAAAAAAUUAAAAUUGUUG